AUGUUUUCGCAUCUCCCCUUCAACUGUGUCCUGCUGUGGCUGCUGCUACUGACAAGGUCUUUGGCAGGGUCAUACUCAUUCGAAGUGGGCCAGAAUGCUCUUCUGCCCUGCAACUACUCUCCAACCACCUACGAGGAUCUCGUGCCUGUGUGCUGGGGCAGAGGACGCUGUCCUGUGUUUCAAUGUCAGGGUGAGGUGCUCCACACGGACGGAAGGCAUGUGUCAUAUCAGAUGUCCAGCAGAUAUCAGCUAAAGGGGUAUUUGCAAUAUGGAGAUGUGUCCUUGACCAUAGAGAAUGUGACUUUAGCUGACAGUGGGUACUAUUGCUGCCGCAUCCAAUAUACAGGCAUAAUGAAUGAUAAAAAGUUAGACUUGAAGCUGGACAUCAAACCAGCCAAGGCCGCCCCUGCCUGGACCGCACGGAGGGACCUCACCACGGCCUUUCCACGGACGCCCACUACCGAGGGACCUGGCUCAGGUAAGACACAGACACUGGAGAGCCUCCAGGACAAAAAUCAAACACAAAUAUCCACAUUGGCUAAUGAGUUGCAAGACUCUGAUGCUACCACCAGAAGAAGCAUCUACAUCGGAGCAGGGAUUUCUGCUGGGUUGGCUCUGGUUCUUAUCCUUGGUGCUUUAAUUGUCAAAUGGUAUUUUCAUAGGAAAGAGAAGUUACAGAAUUCAAGCCUCAUCACGUUGGCCAACCUCCCUCCCUCAGGGUUAGAAAACACAUUAGCAGAGGGCAUGCGCUCAAAGGAAAACAUCUAUACGAUUGAGGAGAACAUAUACGAAAUAGAAGAUCCAUCGGAGUAUUACUGCUACGUCAACAGCAGGCAGCGACCCUGACAACGUCCGAGGGGGCUGUUGCUCUUCCGUGCCAUCACACCCAGCUUCAUUUUUGAGCUUCUA